GUGUACGUCUCAAAAUUUCUGGCUCGGGGAUACGGCUUCAAAGGAGGGCAAGAGGCACGCGCGCUUGUAAGCCAUGUUAAGGGCGCUGUGUUCGGGUCUCGCUAGCCCUAGCUAGAAACGGUACCGCUAAUGAUGGAUUUUGAUGAGAGAGUUCCCGUCGGUUCUAAUAUGUAUCUACCCAGUUGUACGUACUAUGUCCCGGGUGCUGACUUCACCGCGCUGCCCUCUUUCCUAUCUCAAAACCCGAGUUCUCGUCACGUUUCUUACUCCUACUCGACAAAUUUGCCGCAGGUUCAGCCUGUUAGAGAGUUUACAUUUAGGGAAUAUGCUUUUGAAGGGUCCGGAAAGUGGCCUCACCGGGGUUCGCUGGCUCAGUGUUACACAGGAGAGGACGUGUUGCACCGGGAUUGUUUGCCAACCUCCACUACCAACCUCGGAGAAAUGUUCGCGAAGAAUAGUUCCGCCGUGUACCAUCAGUCCACGGCAAGCUCGGGCACAUCGUCGAACUUCUACGGGAGCACAGGGAGGAACGGAGUGCUUCCACACGCCUUCGAUCACUUUUUCGAUACCGCAUAUGGAAAUAUAGAAAACGCGCACAACAAGGAAUACAUGGGUGAGGACAAACAGCACUCUAGCAAUUACGAGACGCCAAUACCCGCCCCGGAGCAUGAGACAGAGGGAAAGGAGCUAGGCGAGCCCAGUAGUCCCGAGUUCUCUUCCGGCAACAACGAAGAAAAGAGGAUCCGUGUGAACAAUGUGCCGAGAGCACGGAAGAAAAGGUGUCCGUACACUAAAUACCAAAUCCGUGAGCUCGAGAGGGAGUUCUUCUUCAGCGUGUACAUCAACAAAGAGAAACGUCUUCAGCUCUCCCGAAUGCUCAACCUCACCGACCGCCAAGUCAAAAUCUGGUUUCAGAACAGACGCAUGAAAGAAAAAAAACUAAAUCGGGACCGUUUACACUACUACACCACGAACCCUCUGCUAUAGGACACCGGCAUAACUCACAACUCCUGCUGUAAUAACAACAGCAUUAACCGCGAGGCGAUAAUGGUGCUCAGAGGGUAAUUUCAAAUUCGAAGACGGAGGCCUUUGGAUUGAUGCAGUGACAGUGAACACGAACCUAUGGACGUUUUACUGCGGGUAAUUGUGUGCAUGUUGCUCGUACGGUUUUAAUGGUCAGCAGAGAUGUUUUGUUUUGAAAGCCCAAGUCACUCAACCGUAUCGAAUAUUUUUGCUUGAAAUCUAAUACAGAGUUUGCGAUCUGAAUUUAUUUUCUGAUGAAAAAUGUGCUUUUGAAAUAUUUUCAGAGGCAUAUCUAGGCACUAGUAACGUUAACGUGGAAUUACAUUUUGGUCUUUAAUGCUAAAGACUUUGGUGUGACCAAAUAUUAAACAAAAUGUUUAUUUAUUGCUCCACAUCUGUAGUGGCGUUUUAUUUUAUUUUUCACAUUAACUGAAGAAAACCGUCUGACAGGAUUAUUGAAGCAAUAACAUUUUCUACCAGUAAAACGGCGCUCACAGUUGCACUUGAACUGUUAAUAUUAUGAUGGACUCUGAAAUAUUCUUGUUGUGAGAUAUUUAAAAUUUCUUAUGAGAUCAGCUAAAGACAAAGAUGCAGAACUGAAGACGAGAGAUGACUACUCUCACCAAAGCCUCAUGGGCUGUAAAGAAACUCCUAUUGUGAACUCCUCGUGUGAUUUUUUCAACUCGAUUUGGAGAAGGUGGUAC